AUGGUCUCCUUCUACGCUGCCCCCCCGGGCAGCUGGCUGUCCGCUGCGGACCUCGGCGCCGGCGCCGUGGAGCAGCGGCCCCUGCCCGGGGAUGCCGGCAGCCCGUGCCUCACGCUGUACGGUCCCUCCGUGCGGCGGGCCAGGCUGGGCGGCGUCGACGCGGGCGGCCCCGGCGGCUCCGCCACCUCGGCGCGCGCGCGGAUCAGCAGAGCGCUGCUCGCCUGCGGCGGCGUGGAGGAGGCGCUUGCGGUGCUGGAGGGCGAGGCGGCGGAGUUCGACGCCUUCCACUGCACGCUCGCGGUGCACCGCCUCGCGCGCCUCGCGCGGCGCGCGCGGGCCGCCGAG